AUGUCUUGGGACGACGAAGAUUUCGACGUGCCUACCACCACCAAACACGCCGCCGCCUCCUGGGAGGACGAGGCCGAGGACGAGCCCGUAGUGGACUCCUGGGACGUCGAUGAGGACGAGGUGGCCCGCCAAAAAAAGGCCGCCGAGGACAAGAAGAAGGCGGAAUUGAAGAAGAAGCAGGACGAGGCCAAGGCCAAGAAAAACGCGGCCAAGAGCGGCGCCCAGACGCUCUUGGAAAUCGACACCGUGGACGAGGCCACCAGAAGAGAGAUGUUGCGCAAGGCCGAGUUGCUGGCGGACUUGAACAACGCUGCCGACUUGUUUGGCGGGCUCGGCGUGGCUGGCGACAGCUUGGAGGACGAGUUGAUUGCCCACCCCAGGGAAAAGGCCGGCGUCCCGGCCAAAAAGGCCCCCGCCUUCAACAAAGACACGCCGAUCUCCGAUCACCCGUUGUUCCAGCCCGCCAACAAGCAGGAGUUCGAGAAGUUGCGCAAGACCGUGGGCGCGGCCUUGACCGGCUUGGCCGAGGACUCCUUGUUGAACUACUCGUCGUCGUUGGCCGUGGACUUGAUCAGGGACCUCGUGCAGCCGUUGUCGGUGGAGAACUUGCGCAAGGUGAUCUCCACGUUGACGGUGAUCCAGCGCGAAAAGGAGAGGCAGGAGAGACAGGCGCGCUUGCUGAAGUCGGGCGGCACUGCCACAGGCGGCGCUGGCAAGAAGAAGGCCAAGCCUGCGGUGAAGACCAACGUGAACAACCCUGGCUUCAAGAAGGACUCGUUCGACGACAUGGGCGGAGAAUACGACGAUUUUGGCGACGACGACUUUAUGUAG